UCUCAUAGCAACUUGGCAGGAUGCCAAUGCCAAAACAUAAGUGUGUCUAGUCUAGUCCAAUCCAAACUGAAUUAAUUCCUCCAGCUACGUACCUAGUCUCAGAUUUCUAGAAGCUCACAGCUACUCAAUUCUACCUAGCCGGCCAGGGAGAUGUCGUCUGUGAGGUCAAGGAUUGAAGCCAUUGAGGCAUUGGCCAAGAAUCAGCAGCCAGAAGCUGACAACCAGAAUGAGUCCACCACCACCAAGAAACGAUUCCAUUAUCCUGGUCCAAAUCGUCGCACUAGCAGUGAUCACUCUCAGUCCAACAACUUCAGCACAAUCAAGCCAGCCAGGACACAAGGCCUAACAGAUUUUGAGUCAGACCUUCAAGAGGUUUGGAGUGUGCGUAAAAACAUCCACCAUCAAGGAGGGAAGGCACCAACAGCAUCUCAUGCACCUCCUACCUCCUCCUCUGUGCAGACUGCCGGCCAUUACUCACGUCAUGGAGCCAUUGCAGCCCAGCAGUCUCCAGUACUACCAAAGAGCAACAAAGACUUUGUCGCUAAAUCACAUGCAACACACACAAAUGGCUACACUACUCAAAAAGAUGAUGAAUUCUCCUUCGAGACAAAAAGGGCACCCCUACAAGAGCAACAAUCACCCUGGAAUGUAAAGAAGAGCAAUUACUCUUACAACAGUUCAGAGGCUCCCAGCAAGCGACCGUUUGGCUCCCCCGGACUAGUCAAUGGAGUCACCUCUCCCCCCACUGCCAAGAGAAAGCCAAACAUCGGGGAGGCUCAAGGAGUCAGACCCACUAAAGCCAACGACCUCAUGUUCCCUUCGAGACGAAAGCAUGACGAGAAGAUGAACUAUGCGAAGAGAAUGGCCAAUAGCUAUCUCAAAUCAGUGGGCAUUGGAGAGUACACGCCUCCAAACCCGGGAGCAAGCCGGCAACCAUCAGAUUCUCAAAAAUACUCUUCUUUAAAAUGGAAAGACUCUGACUUUUGAGCUUUUGUCGCCAGAAUUUUUGUCUGUUUUUGUUUAAUCAGAGAUUUUUCGCAGUAUAAUUAUAACAAUGUCAA